AUGAAUUACGACGAGGAAUUGAGUGCUCCUGUUUGGGACGAUUUGAACGAGCCUUCAAAUGUCGAAAACGGAGCAGAAUUGGCCCAGACCUUUUCCAAUUUGAACAACACCUCCACUCAUCAAUCCGAUGAACAGGACCAUUUAGAGGAAGAAAGUAUACAAAACAGGCUUUGGGACCAAGACGCAGGCGACAAACAUGACAAGGAAGACUUACUGGCAUCUUUGGCUCCCCAAGAAGAUCCACUGGCUGAAAUAGCUGCUCCAACGCCUGCAUUAUUGGACGGGACAGGUGAAACGUUAUUUGGAAGUGUCCACGCAUCACCAUUGGAGAUCAGCGAGCAGGACUCCGAAAUUGGUUCAGGACGAGACGAAAACAAGGACACGUCUUCUCCGGUGCGCAAAUCCCAUGCGAAGCCACAGAAAUUGUUUUCUUCGGCUCGUUUGCGCCGUCAUCCCCUAACAGAAGCUCAGAAAGCCGAUCUCUUCGAAGAUCCAUUGGCAUCGAACUCUAAUGGUACCAAGGCCGAAGACGCCUUUGUGGAAGAACCCUUGGAUGACGACGAUAUGGAACCUAAUCGUCCAAAAAGUGAUAUUCUUCAACAAGUGGACGCUCCAUUAUUUAGGAUCUCUCCACGCAAAACUUUGAGCGCAACUCCUGUGGUAAAAAAAAUUGACAGUGCCAAGAAGACUGACGCGGAUGCAAAAUCUCAAACGGAUCACUCCACCGCAGAUCUAGAACAGUUCGAACCAGCGGAGUCAGAUCUCAAGAUUGAAGUUGUCGAUCCACUCAAAGUCGGUGACUUGACUUUUGCACACGUAGAAUACACUAUUUGGACUCGAAGUCCUAAAUUAGAGCACCAAGAGGUGCGAGUUCAAAGACGCUACCGGGACUUCAGAUGGCUUUACAGACAGCUCCAAAGUAACCACUGGGGUAAAAUUAUACCUCCACCACCGGAAAAGCAAGCGGUAGGAAGAUUCAAGGAUGGUUUUAUUGAGAGUAGAAGGUUUCAAAUGGAGCGGAUGCUGACAAAAAUAGCUCAAGACAAGACCUUACAUGACGAUAUCGACUUUUUGAUGUUCUUGCGAAGCCAAAACUUCUCCCAGGCUUCGAAACUUCGCGAGCACAUCACAGGCUCCAAUGCUUCAAGCGAUAGUAACGAUAUUUCAGAAAUCCACAUCAGCCCCAUAGUUCUUCUUGGCCAUGACGAUGCUGUGAAUGUGAUGAAAAAUGGUGGGCUCGACGAAACGCAAAGAAGCUUCAUGAAUCUAUCAUUCGGUGCACCUUUGAAGUACACGGAACCCGAUAAAUUUUUUGUCGAGCAGAAACAAGGUUUAGAUGUUCUCGAGGAGCAGCUGAGGCAGCUAUCAAAAUCGCUUGAGAUUGUUGAUACGCAAAGAAAUGACCUUGCCGCUGUCACCGAGGAAUUUGCUGCUACAGUCAAAUCUCUGGAAGAACUUGAGGUUUCUAGAAAAGCGUCUGAUACACUAGCGAAUUUUGCCGAAGUGCAUAUGCGGAUUAAGGACUCACUACAAAGAAGUGCCAUGCAGGAAACUCUUACUCUAGGUGUUACUAUUGACGAGUAUACGCGCGCGCUGGCCAGCGUAAAAGGUGUUUUCAACCAGAGGUCCAAAUUGGGAUACUACCUAGUUAUUGUGGAGCAUGAUUUGUACAAGAAGAAAGCUCAGCUCGAAAGAAAUACGCAGAAGGGCCCUUCCGAUAAAGUCAACAUCUUGGUGAAUGAACUACAAACGCUUCAAGAAAGACAAAAGAAGAUUGAGACAAAAUGGCAAGCUGUAGGUGAGAAGAUAAGGAGUGAAUUGCGCAAGCACGAUCACGACAAAAUGAUCGAUUUCAGAAACAACAUGGAAAUUUUCCUUGAAUCGAGCAUAGAAACUCAAAAGGAAUGCAUAGAGCUAUGGGAGACGUUCUAUCAAAAUAAUCUAUAG